AUGAAUUCCACACUUGCCAUCCCUCCUCCGGAGAUUCGCACGCGCAUCGUUGGUAUGAAGUCCAGGAUGGUCCUCUACAGCCACGAGAGGGACUACAAUUCUCUCAACCAUGUAGAUACGACGGUACCAUACGAUGACCAAUACUGGUAUAUCAAGCCUGGAGAAGGCAAACAAGCCGGUCGCUACCUGAUCGUAAGCUAUCGAACAAACCGUGCCCUCUUUGUCAAUCCUAGCAACGGUGACGGUCGGCACGUCGGAACCUUCGAGCCAGUUGGCAGUUAUCCGGACCACUACUUCGAUCUGAAAGAGCAACAAGGCCAAGGCUUUAGAGCCGGUCAAUUUCGCCUCCACGCUCCUUCCAGUGACGGCGUCAUGUUCUCCCGAACCGACAUGGAACCUCAGUUAGGCUGCAUCAGCAUCAAAGAUAAAGAGUACGACGACCAAUGGUUCACUUUUGAAAUCGAGCCUCUAGAAUUCGUCGGGAUCGAAUAUGACCUGAAAAAGGCAGUCAUCAGGAGCGUACAACCCAAAGGCAUCUUUUCUCAAGAAGGUUCAAACGACAACGACAAAGAAAACCAGUCACAAAGCAUGUCCAUCAGCGAGACAACCGAGCAACAAUCGACUUUUGAAACGGAAGCAGGUCUCGAAAUAGGCGUUACCACGUCCUUCAGUUGCGGGGUACCUGUCUUAGCUGAGGGCAAAGUCGAAGUUAGCGCCAAGGUGCACACCAAUCUUAAGUGGGGGAGUACGAAUACGAUGACGCAGUCAUGGCAGGCUACUGUGAACUUGGUCAUACCACCACGUAGUAAGAUGAGGGUCACAGCGACAGUGACGCAGACGCUUAUGGAUGUGCCUUUUACGGUGACGUGGAAGUCUAAGUCGGGCAAAAAGAUAACGGACAAGGGGACAUUCACGGGGCUCAGUAGCUCGGACUUGUCGACCCGCUUCUUUCCUGUCAAAUAA